AAAGUAUUAGUGGUAGAUCCGAACGACCGAGCUUUUCCCCUUUUCGCCUGCAGAUGGAUCGAAGACGAUGAGGGUGAUGGUUUUCGGGAAAAACGGAAGGGGCUGAGUGAAGACGAUGUUUGUGGGUUUAGAGGUUAUCUCUACAACGGCGAUGGUGAAGGCGCUACUACUAGUGACGGAACAUCGUCAGAGAACAAGAAGGAGGGAGCCUCAUCAGCUCAAAGGAAAAAACGGUCUCCAUUUCGUGUACAGGAAUUAAGUGGAACAUCAACGUCAAUGUCUUCUAGCAGUUCCUCUUCUAGCUCCUCUCUUUCGCCUAAAACUAGAGCGUCAAUAGCAGCAAAGAUCAACAAUAAUGCUGCACAGUGGUGCAGCAGCCUACGUGGAACUCUCUACCUUUCGAACUCUAUGACGUGUUUUGACCUCAUCGACAAUGCAGAAGCUAGAGAGGAGGCCAAUAUCAAGAGGAAGUUGAUAUUUGAAGAUGACGAUGAAGAUGGAGCUAGUACAACAGAUGCUGGAGGAUCAAGUAGUUCUUGUACAGAAACAGAAGAUGAACAACAGCAAAUAAGGAGUAGAAUUAAGGAUACGUACCAUCAACAAACAACAUCUCUCAACACAGCAACAUCUUUUAGAAGGCGGUUUCUACAUACUUACUCCAAUAGUGCUACUUCUAGAGUUGUUCUGAGAGAUGGGCGGUCGGUGCCUCUAAUAAGAAGAAAAAAGCCCAAUUAGAUCAAUGGCGACGCUGGCUCGAGACGCGAUCCUUUCCGAUACGAGACCCAGCUCGCCGUAGCUUUCUGAAGAACACAAAGGUCAAAAGCGAGUUCUUUUCUUGUGUUAGCGAAGAUUCCUGGCUCCAAGUUCCGCGUGGUUCUGCCAAGACUAAGGAAUUGUUCCGCAUUAUACUAAAGCCGCCUUCACCAUUGCUUGAGUUUUAUUUCUUGGUGUUUUUGGUUGUACAACUGUACUUCUUAAAUUUUUAGGUUGUUUCACUUUUACUAGGUAGUGGUAGUACUAAGUAAUAGGUUGUGCUACUAUUUGUAAUUAUAGAUCUAAGCCUAAGGUGAAGGAUGUUCAUGUCUUGAAGAUUGUAAUGCUAUGCUGCAACGACCUUUAAUCGGAGUAGCCUUUUCGGACAGGCCUCGGGGGAGCUGGACAUACCGGCAUUGUCCCUCACCGGCUACUUUCGACCAACGUCAGCGUUGCACAAACUGUUUGAUUUCCUGAAUGCGAACACGAAGACAGUAGUUAAGGGUCACCGUAAUCCACCAUGUCCGGAAGCAUUCUGGGAAGGCUUUUGAAGGGAGAAAGUGAAGCAGAAUGCUUCUCGAAAUGGAUUAGGGUGAGCUCUAAAGUAGCACAGAAGCAGAACACAUCCGAAGAUAGUACGUCCGAUGUGGGAAGCGGGUGUGGAGGGGGAAGGUACAACUUGCUUGUUUUUAGCCUGGGCAUGACUGGCUAAAGAGAGGGAGAAUCAACAACUACCACUACCACCUAAGUACACUCAGUUUGCUGCUCACUGAAUAUGUUGAUGCCUCCAACUACCACAAACACAGCGACCGCGUCGUCCCUUCCCAAGUGCUACAACGUGCAAAACUGCUGGCAGCGCGUUUAUCAGACCAAGAUCUUGGCGCAGGUUUUACCGAACCGAGACUCGAUAACUACGCUGACCUCGUCUACUACAGCUAUCAUUAUUAUGAAAAGAAAAUCUCUUAUCAUUAUCAAGUUUCUUAAGUAGAUAAGUAUGAUUUAAUGAUAACAUAUUUUGGUUUCAUAAUUAUCCAAACGCCAACUUGGAAGACCUGAAGCUGGGCGCCUUGGACUUGCAGCUGAAUGAAAAGCAGAAAGAGCGUCGAAAAGUGCGGCAGGCUGCUAGGGAGGAGGAGGUGAGCGAAGAGGAUGAUGAGCAUACCCCUUUCUCCAGUGCAAGUGAGUCUCUUAUGAUUAAGGCCUCACGUAAUCGACGUAAUCCAUGAUCUUGUUUCAGUUCAUCUCUCCGUGUGGGCCGUUGUCAAGUACAAUCAUGGGCACUUCUACAUCAGAUCGAUGAGAGAUUAUUCCGUUCAUCUCUCUGUGGGCCGUUGUCAAUGGACAAAAUAACUUUUAGAAUAGUCAGUGAGUUCAUUCUAAUCUUAGCGAAGAAGAUGAAGAAGAUAAUCUAGUGGAGAUCGACCUCGUCAAAAAGCUUCUUUUGCACGUCGAUUGGCGGUUCGAGAGCAAUAGAAGAAUCGUCGCAGCUGUAGUUUGUACAAUCUUGCUAUGGAUCAUGUUAUUUAUUCCAUCCUGACGACCAUCUAGGGCGCCCCUUUUCCCCUUAAAACUGUGUUGUACUACAGCCUACGGGGGGGCCUCGAUGGAUUGCCUAGAUGGAAAAAACAACAUCUAUACUUGCGAAAUCCAAGGUACCAUGCGCCAAUCUUCAACCGUCGCUCUGCAGCGCCUUCACCUGGGGAUGAUGUAUCCUGUUUCUCCAGUGUGAGCGCAGGACAAAUAGUAAACAACUUAAGGCUACAAGAAGAUGAAAUACAUAAUCCAUCAUGAAAUAAGUACAUAAUGAUCCAUCAGAAAUACAUAAUCCAUCUUACAAAUCCAUCACCAUCUUCGUCUUCCCGAGCAUCUCGGUCCGGUUUUUAUAGGGAAAUGAUAAGUCUUAGCCAAGAUGAUGAAGACGAAGAUGGAUAAUUUCUCUUCGUUCAUUCUAAAUAAAGUGAAUGACAUCUUCGAACCCGACGAAGAGACGACGAUAUGUGGACCUUCUAGUAGUCUUUUGUUUUUCGCAGUUCUUGCUGGAAACGUUGACGUCGCGGAAACGUUGCUCGAUCUGUUGAAUGAAGAGGAACAGAAAAAGAAGGCGUCUGAGGGUGCUAACAACACCACGGAACAUGAUUAAGGGUAGUUGCAAGUUGAUGACCUCGACCUCCUCUCUAUGAGCAGCAUCUCGAUGGCUUCUCUUCUAGUACGAAAGCCCUAGUGAUGGACCCAAGAUAGCAGCAACCAUACUCAUCAUCACAGGUCUUGCUAAUUGAAAGCUUGAGAAGAAGGAAAGCCAUAGAUAUGCGAGCUAGUGGGGUCAACUCUCAGCCCCUAAGAACAAGAGGAACAUCUACAGCAUCGCGUCGCAUCAAGACGGCGGCAAUCGGCUCUUGGCGAACACAGUGAUAUCUUUCAUGCCAUCACAUGUUCGAGUCUUCACGCUGCGCAUUUGCAGCAGAAGAAGAAUCAUGCGAAAGUCUUCAAGCCAACCAGGAGUCAAAGUUAUGUAUGAGAAGAGAACUUCAACUUCCUGGUCUAGUACCUAAGUAAUUCUAAGGCAAGUUCUUGCUCGUCAUUAUCGAUUGUCUGCUCACUUCAAGGUAGUAACAUAAACAUUCCUUCGCAUUGUCAUCUCACUUCAAGGCCUCCCAUGUAGUUUCCUUAUGGUCCUUCUUUCCUUUUAUUUUGUAGUUUUCUCCUCAUCAUUCUUCCCUAUUAACAAUUGUAGUUUUCCAUCUCCUCAACAUGAUCCUUCUCUAACACUUCGCUCGCCUUUCGGACAGGCUCACUCUUGAGUGGACAAAAAAUUCACGACACAAAGUCGCGAAACUCCUCAUCCAGAAAACGAACUGGAUAACUCUCAGUUUAGGUGAGAGCAGUACUAGCACUACCGACAGUAGUAGAGAAGUUCUUGGGAUCAUGGACAAGAUGAUCAAGAAUGAAACAACUACAACUUCUGAAACUACAAGUAGUACAACUUCUAGUGCUUCUAGUACUCCAAAUCAGCAUGAAACAAAAAGUAGUAGGACAACUAGUAGUUCUUGUUCUCCAGGUUUUUAUCCCCUGAUGCACGCGAUCGAGCGGAUGGAAACACCUCUAGUAAUGCUAAUCUUAAAGUUAAGCCCCUUUCCAGUACUACAAGGGAGAUAUUGUGCCAAAAGAUAUGCGAGAUGAGCAUAUUGAGAGAGUAAUAAGUAAUGGCAGUGGGCUCCUGAGGGAUUGCUACAAAGGAGAUAUUGUACUGGGGAGACGAGGUCUAAUAUAGCAUCCUGAGCACUGCAAGUUGCGGGAUGCAGUGGAUUUAGAUGGCGCACACCCUUUGGAGACUGCCCUUGCUCGUGGCGGGGACUUGUCACUCAUUGAGCCUUUAGUGAGAGCUUACGGGGAUAGUUUGAGUGUGGUGGAGAAAAGCAAUGCCGAAGAUGAAGGGAAAGAAAUACAAAAAACAUCGGCUUCAGCCUCUACUACUUCUUCAUCCAAGAAAGAGAACAACGACGACGCAAAGCAAAACACAAAGUACCAACAGCUGCAAGACAACAAGAAACUCCUUUUCGCACAUGCAUUGCUAAAACAGGCUUUUGGGAAAUUAAGGUCAGCUCUACUUUUUAUCCAUCUUUCUCCCUCAGCAUCUUGGUACGGCCCUUCUUGUGCUUCCCUUGUUGUACUACUCUUUUCAUGUUGGGAACUUCCGAAGAGUAGAAGGUAUCCAGAUGAUGAGGGGACGACCGAGAUGGAUAAACGCUGUCUGACGCUAAGGAAAGGGGAUCUGAAUGUUUGCAAGUAUAUGCUGGAUGUUUUCCCUCCAGAAGCGGUCAAUAUGCAACACGAGAAAGGCGAAACAUUAUUGAUGCAAGUGGCGUACCAAGGUGAUGCAGAGCUUUACGGAGAUGGAUAAGACAUUUUGGUGUAGUUUACAGAAGGAGUUACUACUUCCAUAGUUUUAGUUUCUUUUCUAGCGAAUGGUUUUGGUUGGAAGGAACAUAUUCGUUCUAGCGAAAAUCGAGAUGGAUGAGAUAGAUAUGUUAGUUUUUUACAAAAUAGAGAAUCCCUCGUCCGUCAAAAAUCGAUUCUUUCUCAUAUCCUUUCUCUAAUCGGAGUGCCGACUCCUCCUUGAUCACGCUUCGUUCACCGUAGCAGACGCGGUAGACACUGACGGCGACUCCGCGGUCGUUCACUGCGCCUUAGGUUUGAGCGAGAAAGUGCGCGCUCUGCAGAAUGAUCGGAGAUUUUCCCACGAAGAAAGAGAUCGCGGAGUCUAUACCUAUCAGAUGAGAGACUCGCCAGCUUUGCGGACUUUGGUCGCCCAUCCAAAAGUAACCACCAUAGGGAACCUAAACAAACAAGGGACAACACCAUUGAUGUAUGCGUGUGGAUGUGGUACAACCGAUACAUCUCAUGAUGGUUAGAAGUAGAAUGAUGUACCGUGCUCCGCUAUUCUCACUCCUGUAAUGUAAAGCUGUUUCUGCAUCUGUUACUUGAAAAUGCAAUCUUCAUCAUCAUCUUCACCAUUCCCACUCAUAUUAAUCCAUAAUGUACCUAUAAUACAUCAACUCAUAGGUGCCGCCGCCAUGACCGAUAUCCUCAUCAACGGAAGCAUUGCCGCGAAAAAAGAUCCGGGUCUAGAUACGCGCAUGACAAGUUCAUCUGGUAUCACCAGCCAGGAGGACGAUCGAGAGGGCUUUUCAGCUUUAAUGCUGGCUGCCAGUCAAGGUUUUCACAUCAAUUUAGAGGUCAUUCUUCGCUCUUCCAGGUGCACAAAGGAAACCGUCAACGCAACCGACGGAGAAGGAAAUACGGCGUUGCUCCAUGCGAUUCGUCAUGGCUCGACGCCGUGUGUUGCCUAUCUAGUUUGCCAUCAAUACUUCGACACGAAGUUACAUCUUUUGCAGUCAAAUGCUUUGCCUGUGAUGUUGGCUGCUGGCGAGGGGAGAUUUGACAUCUUAGAAUGGAUUUUCACGAAGACGCUGUUUUCGAUGAACAACUCGUCUUCGCCUCCUCCAUUAGAAUUGAUCGAGACGUUGCUGAGUACGCAAGACGAGAAGGGACGCACCGCUUUGAUGUGGGCUGCUGUCGGGGCUCAUUUCAACGUGUGCAAACAGCUUCUAUCCUUCGCCUUGCGGUUCAACGGGUUGUGCCUGAGCAUGGGGUAUCAAGCAAAGACAGCCACUACUUGUGGGAGUUGUAGUGGGGGAACAUCGUCAUCAUCAUCUUCAUCAUCAUCAUCGUCAUCGUCUCCGUCUAAGAAGAAAAAGGGUGCUCCUAAGAGCAAGACGAAUGCAGCUUCAAGUACAUCUUCCACUUCCUGCAUCAACAACGUUCUUCUAGAUCCCAGGAUCCUGCAAUCGCUCUCUACAGGGCGCUUCAACCUUGCUCAUUUUCUACUUGCACAGCUGGACAACGAUGGAAAGAGCGCAUACACUCUCAGUCGUGGUCGUCGGCAAAUAUGCGAACUCUUUGAACAUUUUGCACCACCUGGUUCUUUAGUAGAUCCAACAUCAAGAUCAACAAGUAGCAAGAGCAACAGUGCUCUACAACAACAACAACAAAGUUCAUCCUCGUCUUCAUCGUCAUCUUCAUCCAGCGCAUCUUCUUCAGGUCCAAAGGCGAACAAUGACGGAGCAGCAGCUUCCUCUUCCAAUGCAACAAUUAUUAAGGCUGUACCUGUACUACUUGUAAUAGAACACUUCGUAAGAAGGAUGUUGGAUUGCAUGGCAUUGCAUGGCAUUGCAUGCAUUGCAUGAGCCGAGGGGGUCAGAGUGCUAGUUAGUUUCAUCCCUGCAUCGAUCCUUGCACCAGCAGACUUCAUCUUUCAGGGUUCUUUACCUCAUAUUGUUUUAUCCAUCUUCUCCGCUCUCUUUGGUUUACAGGUUCUACUUUUCUGUGAAGUUUGUCACAUCGAUUCAUCCUGCCGGUAGGGGUAGGUGCUAUAUGCCUAUUUGGGAUGCACAGAAUAGAAUAUUCAUCUUGUUUCAUCCCUGCAUCCUUGCACCAGCAGAGUUCUUGUUUGACUGCAUCCGUACAUUAGCAGAGUUGUGUGGGGGAGUAUCACAACCACAAGGGAAUACUUCCGUUCCCCAGAUUUUUGAAGGAUGCGACUGAAAGAAGAUGAAUCGCGGAGACCUCUAAAGCAAGUUCCUCCGCAUCUAGUGCCAGUGCAACUGCUUCACAAGGAGCACGAGCUGGAACCACAGAGGACACGGGAAAUACGAAGAACAAACGAAACAAGAGGGGUAAAGGCAUUUCGGUGUCGGAUAAAUCAAGGCUGCAGCAAUUGCUAGCGGCGAAGAAAACUUCUUGA